AGACGCCUCGACCCCCUCUUUACAAUCUCAAUCGGCCUCGCCGCUGCUGCAACUCGGAUUCAGCGCGAAGAGAGGGAAAAGGGGAGGGAUGUGCGGCAGAGUUGGGAGGUGCUGAGGAGGAGGUGGGGGAUCUUUUUGAAGGGGGAGGGAAAGGUGUAG